AAAAUAUUCAAAUUAAUGGGGCGGGUCCGAGAGAGCUGUAUGAACAAAUCUACCAAUACCAUCUCAGGGGUAAUAUUCCUGUGUGGUCCAAUGAGAGCGGGGCUCGCUCGCUUUAUAUACAUGUACUCCGGCAACAACCCUCUAGGCUUUCUUUGCCGGCAAUUCCUGUUGCUGUUUCUUCGUUAGCAGACAGCCCGCAAGUCCACCGGCGGCAAGGCCCCGCGCAAGCAGCUGGCCACCAAGGCUGCCCGCAAGAGCGCCCCGGCCACUGGCGGCGUGAAGAAGCCUCACCGCUACCGGCCCGGCACCGUGGCUCUGCGCGAGAUCCGGCGCUACCAGAAGUCCACCGAGCUGCUGAUCCGCAAGCUGCCGUUCCAGCGCCUGGUGCGCGAGAUCGCUCAGGACUUCAAGACCGACCUGCGCUUCCAGAGCUCGGCCGUCAUGGCGCUGCAGGAGGCCUGUGAGGCCUACCUGGUGGGUCUGUUUGAGGACACCAACCUGUGUGCCAUCCACGCCAAGCGAGUCACCAUCAUGCCCAAGGACAUCCAGCUGGCCCGCCGCAUUCGCGGGGAGAGGGCCUAAAAGCUAGUGAGCGCAAAGCUGAACCCAAAGGCUCUUUUCAGAGCCACCCACACUUUCUGC